AUGGACCAUACAACGGCCGUAAAUGCUUCACUUGGUCUCUUCCGGCUGCGUGUGGACAGCUGGUCGGGAACGGGCUGCCGAUGCAUGAAAGGUAUUGCGCGUGCUAUGCUCGAGCUCGCCGGUGACAUGACAGGACGUCUGUGGGAAGGCGCGUCCGGGUGGUCGCUGGCACCUGCAUCGCGUCCUCACUUCUCCAAGGCGCGGGCGGGCUGGAGUGGGCCAAGCAGCAAGCACAGCACGGAAUUCAGACCGAGGCCAGGGUCCGCGCGCGCUCGCAUGGCUGGGGGCGCGCAGCUCUGA